UAAUCAAUAGUCAAUCACAUCGUUUAUAUCAAUAGCCAUCGAUUAAGGUACGAAACUUAGAUUAAGUAGGUAUACGAAGAAACAAAAACGAACAGAGUUAAAAACUAUGCAGAGUGUCAGCGUAAAAUAUACCACUUAUUUCAUAUACAAUGGUCCAGCCGUUUUCCCGUGUAAGAGUUUCUACAUCAACCAUAGUUACAUACAAACUUUCAAAUUUAUAAUAUUUGUAUGAUUGAGCUUUGAUCUUGUAACUGACACAGACAGGAUACCUAUAAAAAUAUGUAAGUAAUUACAUUUACCCACUUAAUUACUUAUUAUACAUACUUAAAGCCACUGAGUAAAUAUUUAUUGUCUCCCGAUCUAUUUUUAUCUCAUCGAUAUGAGAGCUUAUCUCGGCUCAUUAAUCAUGUGUCGGCAAGCCACGGGUGGAAGUGAGUAUAUAAUUUAAAGAAAAUGUCAAGGGAGCCAACCCGCAUCUACUUGUGGCGCCCACGAAAAUCCACUGAAGCGUGACUGCAAUUAACUUUCAAACAGUGUUCUAAUAUAAUAACAGACCGGUGCUAAAAUGGAUAUGAUGACCAUAUCCCCGUUUAACGACUCUGCCGAAUACGAAUACUCGGCGGAGGUGGAUAGUGUGAACAUGACGACGGCUGGGACGGCAGGGUGGCUCAACCUUACCAACUCGACGCUGGCGCGGCCCGCGGGCGGGCUCCGGCACUACACGCUGGUGUUCAAGAUCGUGUACGGCAUCGGCAUCCUGGGCAACCUCGUCGCCAUCGCCAUCCUGCGGCGCGGCGAGCGGCGCGUGCGCAACCGCAAGCACCUGCUGCUCAUGACGUCACUCGCCACCAAUGACCUCAUCGCUUUGAUGGGCAUGAUGCUAGCCCUCCUGGUGUCGGAGCACGUGCCGGGGCUGAAGGGCCACCGCGGCUACUGCGCGGCUCGCGUGGCGCUGCGAGUGUUCGGCAUCGGCAGCGUCUGCAUCGCCGUCACCAUGGCGCUGGAGCGGUACCUCGCGCUCACCAGGCCCUUCUUGUACCAGAAGCAAGUUACAUAUUACGUGAUUCGGAUGGCGCUAAUAGUAUCUUGGUUCUGGGCUGCAUUGCUGACAUGUGCACCCAUAUUUGGUCUUGGGGCAUAUUACAAAGCUGGAAAUGGCAAAGAUCAAGAUGGCACCUGUAUUCGGUACAGAAAUGCAGUAGACCCCGUGGACUUCGCUUAUGCCGUAGUUUAUGUAACUUUUGGCACACUUCUCUGCGCAAUACUAGUGUACUGCAACCUGGCAGUGAUCCGUGCGUUGUACGCGAUCAGCACGCCGCGGUCCGGCGGGCCCGUCGUACGGCGCGUGUCCAAGAGCAGCUGCCGCCAGCGCAGCCUCCACCGCAGCACGGACACGCCGCAGCACAACUCCGCCACCGCCGAGGAGGUCGCCUUCAGUCGGCUGAUGGCUACUCUGUCGGUGCUGUUCAUGAUUUGCUGGCUGCCUCAAAUGAUUACCUCAGCACUGUAUCUAUCUCUGGGAGAGAAGUACUGGCACAAGCUUACAAAGCUCGCCAUCUUCUCGGACCUGCUGAUGCUUCUGAACUAUGUGUUGGAUCCCAUAGUCUACGUCCUGAUGCGGAGGAGCGGGUCCACCUUCUCCAACUUAUGCCGAUUUGUCACGCACUGCUUCAAGCGUGGUAAUCAUAAAACCUCAACGGAUUCAAUGAAGACAUCCUGCUGUGCGCAAGAUACUGUGAUCAUCAGUGAGAGCUCAGGGGCCGAAAUGAAACUAAUACGACCAAUCGAUUCGCUUUUCCAGAAUCACAACGUUUGAUGACACAAUAUUAAUGGUGUUUUCUAUGUAGGAGAUAAUAUCCAGAGAUACCUAGUUACUUAUUUAUUUUUGUAAAGUGCAAUAAAAUUUAUUAGGUACCUACACAUGAAUCGCAAAAAGAGAUGAAGUGGGAUGAUUAUUGAUCGAGUGUAAAUAGGCAAGUGUAGAGGGGUAAUUAAUUUAAGAGUAAAUUUUUUAAAAUUUAUAUAACUUUAUAGAUCACCGAAUCACCUAGCAAAGUCAUAGAUAAGCAAUAUCAUUUAUGAGAAUGUUAAAUAGAAUUACUUUUAAGAUGUUUUCUAUUGUAAUACCUAUCUUCUGUACAAUACAUAACAAGAAUACCUACCAAUGUAAAUAAAAGUGGCUUAUUUGAUUGAGAUUAUAAAACGUAAGAUUACCAUACAGUGAAUAUAGUUACAAUAGUUAUAAAGUUAUUAUAAUAAAUUACCUUAUAUUUUGUAAUGUU